AUGUCAGAACAAGAAAACAAAAACAUACUAGACCCUUCAGUCAUUAUCCAUGCAACCAGACAAAACAUUGCGACAUUGGCCAGUCCAUACGAUGCGAUUGCGGCUGCAUGUCAUAGUAUUAUGCUUAGUGUCGGAUUUCGUUUUGCAGGACUUGGCGACGACGCACGCCAAGAAGGAGACGGCACUACAAAAAAGCUGCCAGAAGGUUGGAAUCAGCAUGGACCACAUUGCUACAACUUUCGAUACAGUCAUCCGCAGUCAAGCCUGACCUUUGUGAUCAAGGUUGUAAGAUUAGGUGAUAAAUGUAUCAUUCUUGGUUUGGGUAUUGGGGACAACAAAACCGCAACCUUGGACAUUACAACAGAAGACUACACAUCAGCCUCCUUCUUUCCGUUUGACGCUGCCACAUCAGAUCAGCCCUUGAUUCAUGCAUUUAUCUCUUCCAACCGCUUUGAGGAUCUUAUCAAGGCUUAUAAAUUGAACAUUUUGCAGAAACUGAUUCCUGGAUUGAACAAACCUGGCUACGAGGACAAUAGUAACAGCAGAUCAUCCACUGAUACAAGACCUUCUAACCCAAAUACAGCAACACAACCACCACCCAAUUUUCGUUCAACAGAUGAUCCUACCUAUCCUGAUGUUGGUGGAUCAGAUUUAAAUCCAUUAGGAGGAACUGGAGGAGGCUUACGUAUGCCUGGAUCUGGAGGAGGCAUGUUUGUUGGCCCUGAUCAUCCUAUAUUUGGAAAUCGAGGUGGUAGUAGCUUGGACGAUCCAUCAGGCUUGUUUGGGGGACCUCAGCCCUUACCCAGAGGGUCGGUGCCUCCUGGUGCGCGAUUUGACCCCAUUGGACCAUUUGGAGGCUUACCUGCCAGACCAUCUGGUAAUCGACCUGGUGGAAGAAGAGAUCCAAGAGGAUUGCACAGCGGCGAGCCUGAUAACGAUGAGCUCCAGCCUCCUGGAUACAACGAUAUGUUUAUGUAA